AUGCUGCAGCUGCCCCCCAGCAAACUCAGCAGUGCUGCUGCUGCUGCUGCUGCUGCUGCUGCAGCUAGAACAACAACAGCAGCAGCAGCAGCAGCAGCAGAAGAGAAGACAGCAAUUACUCUUCCUAUUGCUUCACGCCAGGCGCGUAGGCGAUUAACAGCUGCAGCAGCAGCAGCAGCAGCAGCAGCGACGGCAGCACCCACACCAGCAGCAGCAGCAGCAGCAGCAGCAGCAGCAGCACCAACAGCAGCAGCAGCAGCAACAGCAACAGGGGCGGUGUCAUCCCCUGUUGCUGCAGUAAGGGCUCGCGCAGCUGCUCUCCGCAGCGCCGCAGCAGCAGCUGUUGCAGCAACUGCAGCAGCAGCAACUGCAGCAGAAACAGCAACAGCAGCAGCAGCAGCAGCAAUAUCUCCACGCCAACGGCCUGCUGCUGCUGCACCUGAGGAGUUGCCACCCCCCAAAAGACGGCGCCAGCAGCAGCAGCAACAGCAGCAGCAGCAGCAGCAGCAGCAGCAGCAGCAGAAUCAGCAGCCCGCCAGCGCGGGGAGGCAAAAACAGCAGCAACAACAAGGACAGCAGCAGCAAAAGCAGCUGCAGCUGCUGCAGCCAAGUGAGCAGCAGCAAGGCCCCAGAAUAAAGCAACAGGAGCAGCAGGAGCAGUUGCUGCAGCAGCAGCAGCAGCAGCAACAGCAGCAGCAGCGAGAUUGGGCGAACAGCGCUGCCGGCUGCACAGGGUCUCCGCCUACGCCUACAUCUGCAGCAGCAGGAGCAGCAACGGCAGCAACACGAGCAGCAGCAGCAGCACCUGCUGCUGCUGCUGCUGCUGCUGCUGGUGGGUGGCGCAGCAGGUGGAAGGCAGCAGCACAGCCGCGGCAGGCAGCAGGCCGCUCCUGGGCGGGUGUUGUAUACAGACCUUCUAGGCGUCCUGCUGCUGCUGCUGCUGCUGCUGCUGCUGCUACUUCUGCUGCUGUUAGUGCUGUUAGCGCUGGAGGUGCUGCAGAGCCUGCCCCUGCUGCUGCUGCUGCUGCUGCUGCUGCUGCUUGUCGCUGCGCAGCAACACCCAGCAGCAACAAAAGCAGAGACGGUGCAGGACAGUUAAGGCGAGAAGCAGCAAGCGCAGCACCUGCUGCUGCUGCUGCUGCUGCUUCUCCUGCUGCUGCUGCUGCUGCUCCUGCUGCUGCUGCUGGGGGUAUGUUCUGGGGCAGCAGCUUGCUGGGGGCCCUCUCAGCCCGCAGCAGCGGCAUCGGCUCUGCUUUGUUGCGGCCAACGCGGCGCCUGCUGGGACUACACAGCAGCAGCAGCAGCAGCAGCAGCAGCAGCAGCGGUAGUAGCAGCAGCAGCAGCAGCAACAGUGGUAGGAGUAGCAGCAGCAACAGCAGCAGUUCUCCACAAGUGGGAGCGGCAGCGCCUGCCGGUGCAUCGCAGCGUCGGGGUGCGGCAGACAGCCGCAGCAGCAGCAGCAGCAGCGCCAGCAGCAGCAGCAGCAGCAGCAGCAGCAGCUGCAGCAGCAGCAGUAGCAGUGAACUCCAGAGGCGACAUCCCCCAGGGGGUGCUCGGAGGAGCAGCAGAGGUGUCGCAGCAGAAAACAAUGAAAAUACAAACAACAAUGACAGCAGCAGCAGCAGCAGCAGCAGCAGCAACAGCAGCAGCAGCAGCAGCAGCAGCCAGCAGCAGCAGCAGCAGCAGCAGCAGGAAGAGCCAGCUGUCUGUGCUGGAGCGGUCUGA